ACCGGCUGCCCCUGGACUGCCCUAUGUGGAAAUGCGGCAAAACGGGCAGGCAAGGAAGCCCUUCGUCGUUUGGCAGCUGGUGAAGCAGCACCUCCGCCCGAAUAAGGAAGACAACGCCACCUUACCGCAGAGCCCGUAGGGGCCCAGAAAUACUAUAUAUGUUCAGAAAGAAGUCUUCAAGUGUACGAACCGCCGCGCGACGGUCCACAAGCACUUGAGCUGACUACAACACGUGACGACCGAAGAUCCACAACUUCACGUCAGCAAUGAGCUCUUGGUUCCAGCCGAGAGACAAUUUGGAAGGGGGACAGAAGGCAAUCUGACAAGUUCGCUAACAAUUACCACCCGUUAUGUUACUUAAUGCCUUUCUCGUUGUCGUUCUACACCACACGUAGGUGAGUCAGAACGAUUUGUACGAGCAGAGGAUAUCCUCUGUGCUUCCCCGCGCAUCCUUCCACCCCUCCUCAAGAGGAACAAAAUUCGAUAUGGAACCAUCGGGCACGGCCUGGAUUUGGCCCGUUUGGUAUGGGCAGGAGAAAACCACGUUUUCUCAUGCCAGGACAUCGAUGUACAGUCACCGCUUUCUAAGCGGCCCAAGACCAAGGAAGUCAAGCACCUCCAACGUCAGAAGAAGACCUUCCUCAACUCCCAAAGACUAGACGCAUUACUAGUGGACGAAGGCUGCGGCAAACAACGCAAGGAGGUUCUGACGCAGUUAAAACACUGUCAGGAUACCGGGAAGCCAAAGUCGAUCAUCUUCGCUGGUCCGGUGAGCCGAGGAUACGACACCCAAGACGCCCUAUGGCGGAAAGGACGCCGCAAAGACCUUGAACGGAUGGGCUACGUCGGGCAGGAAUGGUACCUAGACCAACCAGGAGGCGCUGUGCUACAGGAACGCCUCAUGGAAGUAUUCAGCCUGACCUCCCUAGGGAAGAACCUGCCAAUUACGCCAACACACCAAGGGCUCCCCCCAGGGAAAUGAGCAACUUACCCUUACCCAUUGGAUAUCCAGAUCGAGAUCGAGCCAAACUUCGUCAGAUCUCCAAGCUCCCAAGCCCCACCACCUACCAAGAACACUACCAGCUCUAUGGACAUGUCCAGAACCUACCCAUCUACGACGGAACCGGGUGCAUGCCCGACAGCGUCGGGCGAUGGGUGUUUGAUGGGAGUCGGGUCCGGAAGCUACAGCUAGACGAGUUGGCCAAGGGCAAAGGAGUCCCUGGGGAAUGGCGCGACAAGUCCCUGGAGUUGCCCUACAAGGCCGUGGUGGGAGCCACCGCCGUACACAUCUGGACCGUGGUCUGCGACGCUGUGGCCGGGUGGCUCAUCCCCACGCCCAAAGACCGCAUCUCUCUUCUUUUUUU